AUGCCGUUUGCACCAUUUGUUGGUGUAAAUCAUCAUGGGCAGUCUAUUUUGUUAGGGGCGGGGUUGAUUUCAAGCGAGGAUACGAGUACUUUUGUGUGGUUGUUUCAAGCAUGGUUGGAGUGCAUGGAUGGUCGGGCUCCAAAAGCGAUUAUUAUAGAUCAAGAUCGAGCAAUGAAGGCUGCUAUUGCAUUGGUAUUCCCAGACACUCGUCAUAAAUAUUGUCUAUGGCAUAUAAUGCGAAAACUGCCUGAAAAAUUGGGAUCACAUGCUGCCUUCAACGCAGGGUUGAAGACCUCUAUCCAGAGUGCCCUAUAUGAUUCACAGACAUGGGAAGAAUUUGAGAAUAAGUGGGGCCAACUUAUUCAGAAGUAUGAUCUUGGUGAUAAUCCAUGGCUGCAAGGGUUGUACAAUGAGAGGGCAUUUUGGGUACCGGUGUACCUUAAAGGAGUAUUUUGGGUUGGCAUGAGCACAACACAGAGCUCUGAAAGCAUGAAUGCUUUCUUUGAUGGGUUUGUGCAUUUUGGUACGACGUUGAAAGAAUUUGUCGAUCAAUUUGACAAUGCGCUCAGGAAGAAAGUGGAGGUCGAGACGACAGCUGAUUUCAAUUUUGCAAACCAAACUAUCCCAUGUUCAUCCGCAUUCCGCAUUGAGAAGCAAUUUCAAGCUGUGUAUACGAACGCAAAAUUUAAGGAGGUCCAACGAGAGGUGUGGAGAAUGAUUUUAUGUAACUGCAUACUUAUAAGUAAGGAUUGUUGCAUUUCCACCUAUAAUGUUUUGGAUGAAAUUACCACUGAUGAUGACCAUGUCAAGAGUGUGAAGUACACAGUUUACUUUAACGAGGAGGAAGUUGAUGUUAAAUGCACAUGUGUGUUAUUUGAAAUGAGGGGGAUUCUCUACUCACGGCGAUAUGAAUUCGUGGUUAAACGAUGUCUAAAAUUAGCAAUUCGUGUAUGCCCAAGCGAUGACCAUGUUGAUGCAUUCAUGUGCCACUUGGAUGAGUUUGAGGUUAAAUUUAAAGGAUUAACACUUGAGUCCGGUUCAAGUAAGGUAAAAGAGACUGCAGCCCCCACUAAGGGUAAGAAAAUCUUAAGCCCACACAUUGUUCGAGGGAAAGGGAGGCCGCCAACGAAAAGGAAGGUUCCACCUUUGGAGAAGGCUGCAACAAAGCGAAAGAAGAAAUCGACUUGUAGGAAAAUAUUUGAUGAAGCAUCACAUGAUUCAAAUGUAUCAGAAGCUCCAACAACUGAUCAGGUACACAGUGGAAGCAAGGAUGAUUUUGUUAUUCUAACACAGUGCAGUACGUUCACAAACCCAAUGCCAUCGGAAAAUGAGGAGAACUGA